CGUUAUCCACAAGCACAAGGCCUCGUGUGGACGAGCAGUCGAGCAAGCAUUAUCACAUAGAGAGAGAGAGAGAGAGAGAGAGAUUUAGUCAUUGGGGAUCGAUGAUAUAGUCGGACAUUUUCAUGGCUUCGAUUGCACAGAAUGUUUUGAUGGCGCUGACCGCGACGGUGAACAAGUUCGCCUCCUCCAACGUCCAGGCCGUUCCGAGAGGCGAAGGCUGGCGGCGAAAACCGAGAGCCACUCCGGCGGACUCCCGCCAAUCAGUUGCUGGAACCAGACGGUGUCUCCUCCUCCUGUCCGCGGUGGCUGUUGGGGACUCCCGGACCGAUAUUCUCGAGAAGUAUUUGAAGAAAUCGGAGGAGAAUAAAUCGAAAAAUGACAAAGAGAGGCUGGAGAGCUACUACAAGAGAAACUACAAAGACUAUUUCGAAUUUGUGGAAGGGUCAUUGAGGAAUAAGACGGAUCAACUCACUGAAUCAGAGAAGGGUAUUCUCGAUUGGCUUAAAAGUAACAAAUGACAAGAGAGUGACCAUGUUUUCUUAGGACACUCCUUUUUUUUUUUGCCCCUUUCUUAUAAUUAUCUCUUUUAAUCGGCAUUUGAUGUUAGAAUUGUCCAACAUUACUUGUGUACGAAGUUGUUAUACUCUGUAUAUACAUGCGGUCUCCCUUCACCUAUAAGGUUUUAGAUUUUGGGUUGGACAUUCUAACGCGAUAUCAAAAUCGGACUCUAUCUUGGUUUGUUUCA